AAAGGACCAGUGACGUUGUGAAACACAACACAAUCAGUUGCAAACGUCAAAUAGAGUUGUUCCUGUUUCAAGACAAUAUUUUUUAGAGAAGUUGAAGGCCAUUCUAACAAGAACAAAGAUGGGGUUUACUAGUCCAAGUGAUAAGGAAGAGAUAUCCAUGAUAGAUUCUGAAAGAACAAAGGAGCUCAAGGCUUUUUACGAUUCAAAAGUUGGUGUUAAAGGGCUUGUUGAUGCAGGGAUUACCAAGAUCCCUCGCAUAUUCUAUCAACCGCCUGAUAACUUCAAGAAGGCCUCAGAGUUAGGCCAUAAAGAUUAUGCCAUUCCUGUAAUAGACCUUGCAAGCAUUCAUGAAGAUCCUUGUGAACGCAAAAGGGUUGUUGAGAGAGUGAAAGAAGCAUCAGAGACAUGGGGUUUCUUUCAGAUUGUGAAUCAUGGCAUCCCGGUUAAUAUUAUGGACGGGAUGUUAGAUGGGAUAAUGAAGUUUUUUGAGCAAGAUGAUGAGCUGAAGCUAGAAUUUUUUAGUCAUGAUCAUAGACCCUUUAUGUACAAUGGCAAUUCUAAUUUAUAUAACAAAGUUAUACCUAGUUGGAGGGACUCUUUCUUCUGCAACAUGGCCCCUAAUGCCCCUAAACCAGAAGACUUGCCAUCUAUAUGCAGAGACAUAUUGUUGGAUUACUCAAGUCAAGUAAUUAAACUGGGGACUUUAUUGUUUGAAAUAUUAUCAGAAGCUCUUGGUCUGAAUUCAAACUACUUAAGAGAUAUGGGUUACAAUGAGGGAGUAUUUGCUUAUGCUCAUUAUUAUCCCCCCUGUCCUGAACCAGAAUUAACUGUGGGAACUAUAAAGCAUACUGAUACUGACUUUAUCACAGUGCUUCUAAAAGACCAUAUGGAUGGCCUCCAAGUUCUUCAUGAGGACACUUGGAUUGAUGUACCACAUGUACCUGGGGCUCUAGUUAUUAACAUUGGUGAUUUUCUACAGCUUAUCUCAAAUGACAAAUUCAAGAGUGUUCAGCACAGAGUACCAGCAAAUAUUAAAGGUCCAAGAGCCUCUAUUGCAUGCUUUUUUAGCACAGCAUUUCUUCCAUCUUCAAGAACUUAUGGUCCCAUCAAGGAACUUCUAUCUGAAGACAAUCCUGCAAAAUAUAGAGAAUAUUCAAUUUCAGAAUUUGCAAAUCAUUACACAUUUUCUUUAUCAAAGAUUGCAUUGAAUUGACUAGGGUGCGAAUCAUGUCACAUAAUUCUUAGUAUGCAAGAGAAUUAUGAAAUGGUUCGCCAAGUUCUAGAACAUAAAAAUUCGCACAUAAAUGUUCCUCACAAUUGUUGGCCUUCUGAGUCUAGUCUAUUAUUCACCUUCCAAGUCUCAUAGAGUGACUUUUACAUUUUGUGUUGGUUAAUGUUAUUUAACUUUUUGAUUUUUCC